UUGCAGUGAUAAUAAAAACACUUGCGAAGCUUCUCCUUUAGUUAAAAUUCAAGUGAGGUGUAUAGAAGCUGUUAAAGGCGCAUUUUCUCGGAUCUGAGAUCUUAGAUCCCUCACCAUUGUUUAUUCUGUGUCAUUGAUCUAAGGUAUAAUAGCUUGAGCUUUCUGGGAUCUUAGUAAUGGCGAGAAGGCAAGUAGGCUCAACACGACGUGUAGGGGAUGGUGGGAGCUUCCCGUUUGCAGGAGCUCUGCACUCAAAGUCCCGAUCUUCUCCACUAUUAUCUAUUUGCCUUGUUCUCGUGGGGGCUUGCCUACUCAUUGGUUAUGCAUACAGUGGUCCAGGUCUCUUUAAAAGUGUCAAAGAAGUCAGCAAAGUUACUGGUGACUAUUCUUGCACAGCAGAAGUGCAAAGAGCCAUUCCUGUUCUUAAGAAGGCUUAUGGAGAUGGGAUGCGCAAGGUCUUGCAUGUAGGCCCUGAGACAUGCUCAGUGGUUUCCAGUCUGUUGAAAGAAGAAGAGACUGAAGCAUGGGGUGUCGAACCUUAUGACAUCGAGGAUGCAGAUUCUCACUGCAAGAGUCUCGUGAGCAAAGGCCUUGUGCGUGUGGCCGAUAUCAAGUUCCCUCUGCCUUACCGGGCAAAAUCAUUCUCUCUUGUGAUCGUGUCCGAUGCUCUUGAUUAUCUCUCACCCAAGUACCUGAACAAGACCGUGCCUGAACUUGCAAGGGUGGCUUCAGAUGGUGUGGUUCUUUUUGCAGGUCUCCCUGGUCAGCAGAGAGCUAAAGUUGCUGAAUUAUCUAAAUUCGGUCGUCCCGCUAAAAUGCGUAGCGCAUCGUGGUGGAACCGCUUCUUCGUCCAGACAAACUUAGAAGAAAACGAAGGACCAAGCAAGAAGUUCGAACAGGCUGUUUCCAAAGGAUUAUACAAACCAGCCUGCCAAGUCUUCCAUCUCAAGCCAUUACAUUAACCAGCCAUCAUCACCAAAGCCUACUGUUCUACACUAAAAGCAUAUUCACACGAAGAGCCGUUCGCAAAACACAAAAACAUUAAAAAAAAAUAGCAGUAAUUCGAUAUUCUCUCCUUGUAUUUUGUAACAAGUCAGUUUUUGUUCUUCAAAUGUUUUGUAUCCGUCAACACAAUUUUUCCUAUUCAAUUAAAGUCAUAUCAUUAUCACCAAUAAUCCCCACAUGAACAUUUCCCAUCUUUGAAGCUAUGAAACCUAAGGUUAUCCCUUACAAUGAUCUCUCUGCCUGAAACCGCAGACAUGAACUUGAUCGCGUUGUGACAAUCCCCACAUAUCCUCAUGUUCUUCUUCACAACUAUCUCCUCUCCGUCUGAUGUCGUCAUCAACCCGAAAGCCACCGCGAGCUUCUCGCUGUGCCGUCCUAACCGCGUCUCUUCUUCUCCUUCUCCGGCCUCAUCCUCCUUCACCAUUGCACAUCUCUUAUCCAUCACAUACCCAACUCUCUUCAUCUUCUUCAUCAUCUCCUCUAAAUACUCAUUCACUUCACGUAUCAUUGGGUGAGACCAAUCUUCCGCCACAAACACAUGCUCUUUCCUCUUCACUUCGAUCCAGCUACACCCCGGUUUCUUCCUUAUCCUCUUCCCCCUCAUCGAUUUCCUCACCGCCGCCAUCUCUUCCCAUUUGCCUGCAUCCGAAUACAUGUUUGCUAGCAUCACAUACGGCGUCGCGGCUAAUGGUUUCAUCACCAUGAGCUCAUUUGCUGCUCUCUCCGCAAGAGCCAUGUUCUUAUGCUUUCUACAAGCACCGAGCAACGCAGCCCAAGCAACAGCCCCUGGCUUAAACGGCAUUGCGUCUAUGAAUCUUACCGCUUCUUCCAGCUUCCCUGCUCUUCCCAGAAGAUCAAUCAUACAAGAAUAGUGCUCAGCCUCUGGUUCGAUCUUGAACGUCUCCUUCAUGGUGUUGAAGUACCUCUGACCCUCGGCGACUCUACCAGAGUGUACACAAGCAGAAAGAACGGCUACAAAGGUUAUAUGGUUAGGCGCAAUACCAGAGUCAAGCAUCCGUUGGUACAAAAGCAGAGCCUCUGUUACAUUCCCGUGCUGCGCAUAGCCUUUGAUCAUACAGUUGUAAGAUACAGCAUUAAGCUCCGGCAUACGAUCAAACACCCGUCUUGCGUCUUGCAGGUUUCCGUUUUCGUAAUACAUCGAGAUCAACGAGUUGUUCACGGAGAUUCUGUUCGAAGGGAUGUGAGAUUUAAUCGCCAACCCAUGAAUCUGCUUGCCCUGAGAAGGAGAGGAGAGGUUCGAGCAAGCGCUUGUGACACAGACAAAACUGCAAUCAUCAGGUCUAUGUCCAAUACGUUGCAUCUGUCUAAAGCUCUUGACAGCUUCUUCAGAGAGUUCCUCGUUCAGUGAAUACCCAGAGAUCAUCGUGUUCCAGAUAACCAAGUCCGGCGACAAAAUCUCUUGAAACACCUUCUCUGACUCAGACAUACCGUUACGACCUCCACAUUUUGAGUAGAAGUCGAUCAAACCACUCCCCACGUGUGAGUUCCGGUGAAAUCCAGACUUGAUCAGCUUACCGUGAAACUGACGGCCACCGAUCAGAUGAUCCAAGCUAGUGAGAGCAUUCAAAACACUUGACAAUGUAUACAUAUCGAUCUUGAAUCCUUUCAAGAUCAUUUCUUUAUACAAAGCUAAGGCCUUUGCUCCUUCCUUGUGCUGCCCGUAAGCCACAAUCAUCGAGUUCCACGAAACUUCAUCUCUUAACUCAUCCAUCCCAUAGAACACCGACACAGCCUCUUUCAAAAGCCCUCCUUUACUGUAAUACGUGACGAACGCGUUGUUCACAGAAGAGUAAGCAUCAAACCCUCCCGAGACAGCGAAACAGUGAAGCUGCACUAUCAAAUCGACGCGGUCACAGCAAGCUGCUAUCAACCCUGAUAACGUAAACCCAUCUACCUCAAACCCUAAUUCUCUCAUUCUUUUAAACAAUACCAUCGCGGGAAAAGUCUCUCUGGCAUCAGCGUAUCCCGAGAUGAGUGUAUUGUAAGAAACGGUGUCUGGCUGCGGAAUUUCGUCGAACAGCUGUCGUGCGAUGUGGAUUUUCGAGUCUUUCGCGUAGGCUUUGACGAUAACGUUGUAAGAGAAGACAUUGGGUUCUUCGGUGGAGUCGAAGGCGGCUCGUGCGUAGGAAAGGCGGCCACACUUGGAGUAGAGAUUCACGAAGUGGUUUGAGAGGUAAGUGGAAGAAGCGACGAGGGAUUUCAAGUAGCGCGCGUGAAGAGAUUUUCCUGUGAAGAGAUCUCUCUCCGCUACGGAUUUCAGUAGAAGGUCUCGAAAAGAUUUGAACUUCCAUGGCGUCUGGUUCAUCUAAUAGUUACAAGUGAGCCUCGGAGAUUGAAUGUACUGACUCUUUUCCUCGCAUUUGCA